ACGUGGUUGAAGCAAGCGCGCCAAUUCGGUCCGCAUACACAAAAGAUGGUCGUUACUAAACGUCCUGUUAGCUUAUAAAAGUACUAAUUUCUUACCAUAAAGUUAAAAUGUCGGACAUUUUGUCGUUGAAGGAGUCAGUUCUGGUGUAUUUAGACAGAAGUGGUGGCCUUCAGAAACUGGCCGAAGACUGCAAACCAUUCAACGACCCCCAACAGAUGGAGGCGGUCUACAGGUUUUGUAUCAGUGUGAACCCCUCUGAUGUGAUCGAGGUGGAUCCUGAACUGGGUGACUGUGUUCUGCGUGAUCCCCUCGGAGCGACUGCACUGUUUCAGUCUGUUUGCUACGUGGCCAUAAAGACGCUUUCACUUGUUGAAAAGAUCCACACAGAGAGCCAGGUGAAUGUAAUCCUGAAGUUGACACAUCUUCCUCCAUUCCCCGAGUACACAUUGGAUCUUUGUAGUUUUCCUCGUGGAUAUGGGCCCAUGAGGCCGGCCUCCAUGGAGGGCCUGGUCAUUGCCAUGACGAGGGUCACAAAUUACACCCAGGGGGCCAGGUUCCUCUGCAUUAAUGAUGACUGUCCCUGCUCUGCAGGGUUUCACCACAUUCGCGUCCAUGCACCCGGAGCCACAGAGUCGGCCACGGUGAGAAACAACUUCAGCUGCAUGAUCUGCAGCUCCGCACUGAAAGAGGAUGUGAAGUUCAGAGUGUUGGGAGACAAACAACUUGUGGAGCUGAUCCACGUCAAAGCGCUGGAUGUUCUGAGUGCCCAUCAGCAGAGCUCCCUCAGGUACCAGUCUGUCACCCUGUUCCUCAGAGAUGAGCUGUGUAACUCAAUGAGAAUCGGCCGACUCUACAGGGUGUUAGGCAUUCCUGCGCAUGUGCACCAGUGGCCCAGCAUUACCUGGAGUGUGGAGGCGAACAGCGUCCAACCGUGGGAGCCAGAGUAUCCCCAUAAAGUCAGUGUGAGCUUCCAGGAGCUUUUGAAGGCCACAGCCGGCUCUCGCUGGAGAUUCUCUGCCAUUGUGGCUCACUGCUUCGGGCUGGGCGUGACUCCUCCGGGCCUCCACAACACCUUAAAGCUGGGCUUGUUGCUCAGCCUGGUGCAGACCAGAGCGGAUGCAAAAGACACAUUCCACAACUUGGAUCUCCUCGUUGUCACCGCUGACACUCUCAUACUGGACAGACUAAUGACAUACAGCCUGAGCUUGGCGUGCCGUGGGGUCAGGCAUCAGGCCUCGGGGGAGAUGUUUGCAUCUUUGUCCCGGGACGGACACGGAGCAGGCACCGCUAACAUCCAUGCUGGCUCCGCCCUGCUCGCCACUGGUGGCAUUUGCAUGUUGGGCGAUCUGGGCUGUUACAAAAAGGACAGGUUGGAUGCCAUCCAGUCAGUUCUGGAGAGUAGCACGGUGUCUGUGUUCAUCCCGGGGAAAAAGUAUGGUGAGGAUGCCGACCAGCAGCUUUCCUUCCCGGUCCACUGCAGCUUCUGGGCCCUCACAGACUCCACAGACGCCUCUCGGCGGACUGGGAGGGCCGACUGCGCAGUGCUGGGAACAGCAGAGUUGGGUUCUGUUCCAGCUCAGCUGGCAGACGCCUUCGGUCUGGUCAUGCAGUGUAGGGAUGUGGUGGGAGAGCAGACCCUGCUGGCUCAGGCCGCCCACACCCUGCAGCAGGCAGUGCAGCCUGGAAAACCCCUCUACCCAUCCUGCUGGGACUUUUCUACUCAAGACUACCAGGAGCUGGUGGCUCAUGCACAGAGUUUGCAGGUGGAGCUCAGCCCCGGAGCAGAGAAACUAAUCCACGGUUACUACAUGGCCAGCCGCAGAGUCCGAACACAGAGUCAGGGAGUCAAGAUGUCUGUGGCCUCAGUCAAACUACUGAUCUCUUUGGCGGAGGCUCACUGCAAAUUGUGUCUCCGAACACGAGUACAAGAGGAAGACGCUAUGAUCGCUGUGCUCCUCUGUGAAAACUCAAUCACUCUCAAGCAUGGCGCCUCUGCGCUCGUGAUUCCACCUGACGCCGUGUUUCCUUGUGACCCGGGAGAUGUGGAUGGUUUACGCAGGAGAGACGAGACUUUGGACGAGCUGCACCAGCACAUCCUGCGCUUCAUCUACGCCUACGCACCGGGCGCAGACACGUACAUCACCGAGGAAUAAGACCUCUUCAUCCAAAGGUUACAGUACAGACAAGAUGACACAAAACAUCUGACGACGUGAGAA